AUGCGGCCGCCGCAGUCUUCACCCGCGCCGGCGUCGCUGGCGGAGGCUGCCGAGGAAGCGGUCAUCGUGGCCGCCCUGACGCACGUCAUUGCCCACGGCCGUGGCGCGACGCUGGCGCCGCACGCGCCGUCGCUCGCCGUGCCACCGUAUCCCUUGACGGCGACGGCGACGGGAUGCCACCGUGGGCACGCCGGGCAGGCGGCGUGGCGCGUGGAGCCGUCGGUGCACAUUGGCCUGAUGGCGUCGGCGGCGCAGGAGCUAGCUCCAAUGGCGUCGGCGUGCCCGCAGGAAGCACAGCGGGGCGCAGCGGCUGCUGCGGCCUCGGCGCUGCGGCGUAGCUACCGCGGGGUGAGGCGGCGGCCGUGGGGCAAGUGGGCAGCGGAGAUCCGGGUCCCAAAGAAGGCGGCGCGAAUCUGGCUCGGCACGUUCGCGACCCCCGAGGACGCGGCGCGCGCCUACGACGCCGCAGCGCUCCGCCUCCGCGGCAGCGGCGCCAAGCUCAAUUUCCCGGAGGACGCGUCGUCGCUCCGGCACCCGCCGGCCCCUGUGGGCUCUCGGCAGCCCGGCUACGGCUGGGAUCGCACCUUGGAGCGCUCGCCGUGGCCGGAGAUGGUGACACGGAGGGACAAUGGCCGGUUCUUGGGCCCUUGGAGCAUUGGAACGUCGUCGCUGUCGCCCAUGCCUACGUGUUCGACUGCUCCCGUCGUCGCUGCUCUGCUUUCUCAGAGCCAUGGAACAGGGAGCAGCAGAAUAUUCGAAUAG